AUGGCCAGGAUCUCCCUCCUCGCGCUCCUCGUCGCGCUCCUCGCGCUGUCGCACGGCGUGACCGCCGCGGAGGUCGGCUCGGCGACGGACUACGACUGCACGUGCGAGUGCUGCGCCCCCGACAAGUGCGCCACCGAGGGCACGAAGACGUACACCAUCGCGGUGGGGUCCAGGGACAAGUGCACCGACGAGGCGUGCUCCGCGCAGGUCUCCCAGUGCCCCGACAAGGGCUCGCACAACUCCGGCGCGACCGUGACCGCCACCUACCACGACUGCACGUGCUCCUGCUGCAGGUCCGGCACGUGCCAGAACGGCCUCAAGAAGUACACGUUCGACGCGGGUUCGCCCGACAAGUGCACGCAGUCCGCGUGCGCCUCGGCGUUCGCGCAGUGCCCCGACGCGGGAUCGCACAACGCCGGGUCCGCCCAGCCGGAAGCCAACAACAUGGUCUUCGCCACCUACCAGGACUGCAUGUGCUCGUGCUGCAAGGAGGGCAAGUGCCCGACGCUGAAGUACUCCUACUUCGACGCCGGAAGCAAGGACAAGUGCACGCAAAAGGCGUGCGCGUCGGAGUUUUACUGGUGCCCAGACGCGGGCGCUCACAACGACGGCACGAUCAACGUGGCGCUCUACACCGGCCCGAAGGAGGCCGCGACGCUCGCGCCGACCGCGGCCAAGCCGAGCGGCGUGACCGUCACCAAGGAGACCACGCAGAUGCCCACCUACGGCGCGGCGCUCCUCUCCAUCUUCCUCAUCGGCCUCGUCGGCACCGUCUGCGGCAUGUUCGUGUACCGGCGGGUGCAGCGGGAGCGCGGGUUCAGGUGGGUGCAGUUCGACGACGAGGGAAGGAUGAUGGGCGAUCAAUCGUCCAAGCCGACGACGACGGUGGAGAUGAACGGAAACGGCGGCUCGCACGGCCACGUCGUCUCCCCUUUCGACAAGGUGUAA